CCCGAGCUGGCAGCACUUCCGCAAACGUAAUUGGAGUCGGGAAAACAAAGGCGCUGCUCGGGAGCCCUCGCCCGUCGCCCACAGCUGCUGCAGAAGGUGGGGGCGCGGGUGGGCCUCACGGGUCCAGGCCCUUCAGAGUCCGGCCCUACUGUCGCCCUAGAGACCACCACUCAGGAUUUUGAAGGCUGCAGCUCCUGAUGGUAGUGGCAAGCCAUGGCUGCAGAUGAUAAAGUUGCUAUCCUGACUGACGAUGAAGAGGAGCAGAAGAGAAAGUACGUGCUUGCCGAUCCCUUCAAUGGCAUCUGCAGGGAGGCAGAACCGGCUCCCAACGAAACCCCCUCCUCCACGGAGACGGCUGCCAUUCCCGAGGAGGAGAUAGACUGGAUAGAGAAGCACUGUGUGAAAAUAAACAACGACCUCCUUGUUUCCAAGGUGUUUUACUUUUUCUUUUACUCUGCUUACGGCUCCCUUUACCCACUCCUGCCUGUGUAUUAUAAGCAGCUGGGCAUGUCACCCAGCCAGAGUGGCCUGUUGGUGGGUAUCCGAUACUUCAUUGAAUUCUGCAGUGCCCCGUUUUGGGGUGUAGUUGCAGAUCGGUUCAAAAAGGGCAAAAUUGUCCUCCUCUUUUCGCUUUUGUGUUGGGUUUUGUUCAACCUGGGCAUUGGAUUUGUUAAACCUGCUACCUUGAGAUGUAUACCAAAGAUCCCCCCAACAGCUCACCCCACCAAUGUAAGUCACCCCGUAACCGUCCUGCCAAUGAACUCCUCCGCCAUCACUUUCUUUACCACGCCACCAAAAUCACGUGAGAAAAGGAGCCCGCUGUUGCUGUCUGAAACGGGGCCCAAUAUCUCAGACGCAGAUCUCUUGUCAACAGCAUUGACUUUGACCAGUGAACCCACGCUACAGCCCCAGCCAGAGAAAACCACCCACCAUGUUAUGGACUUGAUUUUGAACAUAAGCACAGUGACUCCUACCCCCAUGGGAAAUGUUACCAGGGAGACAACCACUGCUGUUGUCACCACCACCAAAUCUUUACCAUCUGACCGAGUCACCCUUGUUUAUGACCAACAGGAAGUCGAGGCGAUAUUCUUGGUUAUCUUGGUGGUGGUUAUAAUAGGAGAGUUUUUCAGUGCCUCUUCCGUCACGAUUGUAGACACAGUAACCCUCCAGUACCUGGGAAAACACCGAGACCGCUAUGGGCUGCAGCGCAUGUGGGGCUCCCUGGGCUGGGGCCUGGCCAUGCUGUCUGUGGGCAUUGGGAUCGACUACACCCAUAUAGACGUGCUCGUUGAUGGGAAGGGCUGCAAGCCCCCCGAGUACCGGAACUACCAAAUUGUCUUCAUCGUCUUUGGAGUCCUCAUGACCAUGGCCCUGAUCGUGGCCACUCAGUUCCGGUUCCGCUACAACCACUUCAAAAACAGUGACAGUAAAGGGAAAGAGGUGGAGAUCCCACAGGUGGAAAGGGACAACUCCACAGAGUCCUCGGAGGAGACUCCGACUGCUGCGACUCACGCGCAGGCCUUCAACUUCUGGGACUUGAUCAAGCUGCUGUGCAGUGUACAGUACGGCUCGGUGCUGUUCGUGGCAUGGUUCAUGGGCUUCGGGUACGGCUUUGUGUUCACCUUUCUCUACUGGCAUCUGGAAGAUCUGAAUGGAACCACAACCCUCUUUGGGGUCUGUUCAGUCCUGAGUCACGUGUCCGAGUUGACGGCUUACUUCUUCAGCCACAAGCUUAUUGAGUUAAUUGGCCACAUCAGGGUUUUGUACAUUGGCCUGGCUUGCAAUACGGCUCGUUAUAUUUAUAUUUCCUACCUGGAAAAUGCCUGGACUGUCCUCCCUAUGGAAGUUCUUCAAGGAGUCACACAUGCGGCCAUCUGGGCAGCAUGCAUCUCUUACCUCAGUGCAGCUGUUCCGCCAGAGCUGAGGACCUCUGCACAGGGCAUCCUGCAAGGCCUUCACCUGGGAUUGGGGAGAGGAUGUGGCGCCAUGAUCGGAGGCGUGUUAGUCAAUUAUUUUGGGGCUGCGGCAACCUUCCGAGGAAUUGGCAUGGCCUGCCUGGUGAUCCUUCUGCUCUUUGCCCUGAUCCAGUGGCUGGCAGUGCCGGACGAGGAAGACGACAAGACAAUGUUGGCAGAAAGGAUUCCUGUUCCCUCCAGUCCUGUUCCCAUAGCAACCAUCGACCUGGUACAGCAACAGACAGAAGAUGUCAUGCCUCGCCUUGAGCCUAGACUUCCACCCAAGAAAACCAAACACCAGGAAGAACAGGAGGAUGUGAACAAACCAGCCUGGGGGGUCAGCUCUUCUCCCUGGGUGACCUUUGUCUACGCUCUUUACCAAGUUAAAGAGAUGAUGCAACUGACGAGAGAGAGCCGUGCUUCUGAGAUACAGCCUUUACAGGGGACCAAUGAGAAUCGGGAAGUUUCUCCAGCUGGUGGAGCCCAACGUGUCCCAUGUGAGACUCACUCUGACCCACCUAGAAACCAGCCAUUCCUAGACACAGCAGCAUCUCCAAUGCAGCCCAGCCCCGCUCGCCCCAGUUCUGCCCCACAUGUAGAGGAGAGUGGGGAGCAGCAGGCCCAGGCCGCUGCUGGAGAACACUGAGGGCUCCUGAUCAUCUCACACCCUGCAUGGCACCUCAGCCAGGAUAGAGGGCGAGGCCCCCCACCCC